UCCUCCUCCUCACACGUGGACGAGCGCGACCGGAACCCAGAUACGAUUGCGAUCUCUCCGCCGCGCGCCCAUUCUCCCGCUCCGCGCGCGCUCACGCUUGCUCGCACUCACGGCUCACGCGAGCGGAGAAAUCAAAACACUCAAACCAUCUAGCGUUACACGGAGAUGAACUGAGAAACAACCGAGAAACCUUCGCGAUUCAAGGCACGACUGUCCAGCACCAAGACCUCGCGGCGUUUCUCUUUCUGUGGAAGCGAAAGGAGCGGGACGAUCGACAGUUUUCGCGUUAAAUACGCCAGAGUUUGUGCGUUUCACUGAACGCUGUGAUAUUUCCCUCAAGAAGUUUUUAAAACAAGUUUGGACCGGAUUCUAUUUGGAGUUGGACGUUAUUUAACGUUAGUUCACAUCCCGCCUUGGUGCGCGAGCGCUUGUGAGGAGCUUUCUACUGAAGACUACAAAACAUGGAUUUAUUCUUUAUUUUAAGCGUAAAACUUUGAUAAACCGUCCGAAAUUGCGUGUAACGGCUGCUUUGCAGUCUUUUCCAGCAUUUAUUGUUAAGGAACAUAUCUAUUGUAGUCUUGAGAGACACAUUUUUUGCUGUGACAGGACGCGUUUACAGAGCCAAAUAUGUCAGUCCAUGAUGAAGAAGAGGAAACUCAUCUUAUUCUCUGAAGGGAAACAUAUCUAAAUCAUAUUUUAACAUCAUACUGUUCGAUAUUUCUUCGAGUUCUCCUUUAAUUUAGCUUACUAAUUUGAUUAUUUCGUUGUACAAAGUCCUGUAUAGCUCUGUAGUGGAUAGUACUCAGCUGGAUUUAAUUCGUUAAAAAAGUUAAGCGUAUAUCCUUGUGAAGAUCGUUCUCACGCAAUUGACCUUAGGCACUUUAGUGCCCUUUGGACUAAAGAGGAACUGGGAUAAUUUCACAUCAGCAUUAUCUUGGUACGUGCGCCAGGCUGCCAGACAUAUAGUUUUAUUUUUGCCAGUAUUCUACAUCAUUUCUGUCAAUAUGGAGGAGUGGAGACAGUGCGGUCGCUGGUUGAUAGACUGUAAGGUUUUGCCCCCCAACCACCGGGUCGUUUGGCCCUCAGCGGUGGUGUUUGACCUGGCCCAGGCGCUUAGAGAUGGGGUGCUCCUGUGCCAGAUGCUGCACAAUCUGUCUCCUGGAUCCGUGGACCUAAAGCAGAUCAACUUCCGGCCUCAGAUGUCACAGUUUCUGUGUCUGAAGAACAUCCGAACAUUCCUGAAAGUGUGCCAUGAUAAGUUUGGCCUGAGGAACAGUGAGCUGUUUGAUCCCUUCGAUCUCUUUGACGUGAGGGACUUUGGGAAGGUGAUCUCUGCGCUGUCCAGAAUCUCCCACAACAGCAUUGCACAGAUCAAAGGCAUCAGGCCCUUUCCAUCAGAGGACACAGCACUGAAUGAAGAUGAUGUGUACCGGAGCUUGGAGGAGCUGGCAGAUGAGCAUGAUGUGGGAGAGGAUGACAUAUAUGACUGCGUCCCCUGCGAGGACGAUGGGGACGACAUCUACGAGGACAUCAUCAAGGUGGAGGUUAGACAGCCCAUGAUAAGAUACAUGCAGAAAAUGGGCAUGACGGAAGAUGAUAAGAGAAACUGCUGCUUGGUGGAGAUUCAGGAGACAGAGGCAAAGUACUACAAGACACUGGAGGACAUUGAGAAGAAUUAUAUGAUCCCCCUAAAGCAAGUGUUAACACAGCAGGAUAUGGAGGCCAUAUUUGUGAAUUUAGAGGACAUCAUCAAGGUCCAUUUUGCUCUGUUGAGGGCCAUUGACCUGACCAUGGUGAGCGGGGGCAAUGGCUUGGGAAAGAUCUUUCUGGACUUCAAGGAGAGACUGCUGAUCUACGGCCAGUACUGCAGCCAUAUGGAGAACGCUCAGAAGACACUGGAUGAGCUGAUUGCCACACGAGAAGAUGUCAAGUGUAAAGUGGAGGAGUGUACCAUGAAGGUCCAGGAGGGGAAAUUUAAACUGCAGGAUCUCCUGGUGGUCCCUAUGCAGAGGGUCCUCAAAUACCACCUUCUGCUUAAGGAGUUAGUAAGUCACUCUAUGGACCGCCCGGAGAGACAGCAGCUUAAAGAGGCACUAGAAGCCAUGCAGGACCUGGCAAUGUACAUCAAUGAGGUGAAGAGAGACAAUGAAACCCUGAAGAAAAUAAGUGAAUUUCAGAGCUCAAUAGAAAAUCUUCAGGUGAAGUUAGAGGAAUACGGCAGGCCGAAGAUAGAUGGAGAGCUUAAAGUGUGCUCUAUAGUUAACCGAACCAAACAAGACAGGUACAUCUUCCUAUUUGAUAAAGUUGUUAUUGUUUGCAAGAGGAAAGGCUAUAACUACGAGUUAAAAGAGAUCAUCGAACUUCACCUCUACAAGAUGUCCGAUGACCCUAUGAAUAACCGUGACAUGAAAAAGUCGAGUGGAAAAAUGUGGUCCUAUGGCUUCUACCUGAUCCAUCUGCAGGGGAAACAGGGCUUCCAGUUUUUCUGCAAGACAGAAGACACCAAGCGCAAGUGGAUGGAGCAGUUUGAGAUGGCCAUGUCAAACAUCAAACCCGAAAGAGCCACUGCCAACCAGCACAACUUCCAAAUGCACACGUUUGAAAAGAACACCAACUGCAGAGCCUGUAAAAUGCUGCUGAGGGGUAUUUUCUACCAGGGAUACUACUGUUCACAUUGUGGGACCGGCGCCCAUAAGGAGUGUCUGGAGGUCAUUACCAUCUGCAAAAUAAGUCCUCAUGAUUCGGAGCCAGGGCUUCCACAAUCAGGUCCAAAGAUGGUGGCCAUAAGAAAUUACCAUGGUACCCCUGCCCCACCAGGCAAGAUGCCUCUCUGCUUUCAGACAGGCGAAGUCAUUGAGCUCCUGAAGGGAGAUCCAGACACAUCAUGGUGGGAGGGCAAACUCAUCCAAACCCAAAAGACUGGCUUCUUCCCCAGUUCCAGUGUGAAACCAUGUCUAGACCCAAAGGUACAGGUUCAUAAAAGUAAAUUCAAAUCUUUUUUUUAA